CAUGACUAUGAGGGAACUUUACCUGAAACAGGAGAUGCGGGGAUACCAAUGAAGCGUUGGAUGGUCAGUCAGGCAGCCAUGCGAGGACAGCGAGCGGUGGAGAGCCUUUGCAAGUGCUGGAACCCAACUAUCUGGCUCCUGCUGACUUUGCUUGGAUCCCUUGUGUUAGUGGCUCUCAGUGUGCUGUUUCGACUAGGAGAAAUCAAAGUAAGCAGACGUGCUGCACCCGCAAAUGAUCAGCAAUACCCAGUGAAAAAAUAUUACGAAGUGCGACUGGCAAAUGGGUUAACCAGGUGUGAGGGCCGUGUGGAAGUAUACUACAAUGAUACCUGGGGGACAGUCUGUGACGAUGACUGGGACAUGUUGGAUGCCCAAGUAGUGUGUCACCAGCUGGACUGCGGAAUAGCUGUGGGCAUGGGAAGCAGCUCACCGUAUGGACAAGCCUCUAUACCCAUUAUGCUGGAUAACGUGGACUGCGCGGGGGGUGAAAAGAAUCUUGGUCACUGUGACAGUCUAGGCUGGGGCAUACACAACUGUUACCACUACGAGGAUGUGGCUAUUAAAUGUCGAGAACCACUGUUAGUUGGAGUAAAAGCUUCAGGGGGUGUUACAACAUCACUGCCCAGUAAUGCAGUUUUAGAUGGCGCCAUACGUCUAGUUGAAGGAAAGAACUCCUGCCAGGGCCGUGUGGAGAUCUACUACCAGGGUCACUGGGGAACAGUUUGCGAUGACGAUUGGGAUGAGAGGGAAGCCGAGGUUGUGUGCCGGCAGAUGGGCUGCGGCAAUGCCGUUGCAGCUCACACCCACUCUUAUUUUGGUCACGGAGUUGGCUAUAUUCUCUUGGACAAUGUGAACUGCAUAGGCAAUGAAGAGCAGCUGGCUGACUGUUCAAAUCUUGGUUGGAGUAACCAUAACUGUCGCCAUCAUGAAGAUGCUGGAAUCACCUGCUCUGGGCUAGGGCCCGCUUCCACUGUGCCAUCAGUUUAUCCUUCCACUGGAAGCCAGGGUUCGACCGUGUCUACACUGGAAACAGCAGUAACAAAUGAGGAUGUCACAGCUACAGAAAUUAAAACAAGUAUUCGUACAGUUGCUCAGACAAAAGCUCCGAUGGCUGUCCGUGUGGUGAACGGACAAGGCAGCUGCCAAGGUCGCGUAGAAGUGCAAUACAAUGGUGUUUGGGGCACGGUGUGCGACGAUGGCUGGGAUAUGCCUAACGCACAAGUGGUGUGUAGGCAGCUUGGGUGCGGCAUUGCUCUUGAAGCGAAAUCACAGGCUGCUUUCAGCUUCGGUACGGGUCCCAUCCUGCUGGAUAAUGUGCAAUGUACUGGUGAUGAAACACACCUGUCCAAGUGCUCCCAUUCUGGUGUGGGUCAACACAACUGUGGUCAUCAUGAGGACGCUGGAGUUGUUUGCGCACCCAUGAUACCCUUCAAUGGAUUUGCCCGUGACUUUAGAGUAACAGAAGGGAUCGCUUCCAGGACCACAACCUCUACACCAAUUGCUGAAGGAGCACUAAGGCUGGUUAAUGGUCAGCAUGUAUGCGAAGGGCGAUUGGAGAUCUACCUAAAUUCUCAAUGGGGUACUGUGUGCGACGACGCAUGGGACAUCCCCGAUGCCAAGGUGGUGUGCCGUCAGCUCGGCUGCGGAGACGCCGUCGUGGCGUGGGGGGAAGCCUACUUUGGGCAAGGAACCGGAACAAUUCUACUGGACAAUCUCAAGUGCAACGGUACAGAGCUCUCACUGCAAAAUUGCUCACAUAUACCUUGGAAUGUGCACAACUGCGACCACUCAGAAGAUGUCGGCGUCACCUGCUCACUGUCAUUAUUCUAAGCAACCACACAAUGGGUGAAGUAGUUGCACCAAUACUGGACUUGUGUAAAAUAUGUAAAUAAAAGCUGUCACAUUGCAAAGGGAAUAUUCUUCUAGCAUUGGAAUUCAUGCACAACUUGAGAUGCUAAACAAAGAAACCCCAGAAUUCUAACAUCUAACCACUAUUAAGCACUUUAUAACUCACUCGGAGUUGCGAUUGUAUGUAAUGUAAAUGCUGGACAGUGGCUAAAAUGGCAACAAGAGUAGGAGAAUAACAAUGUCAUAUUUAAUGAAGAAAAGCUAUAAUCUGUAUUUCCGUGUUUUGGUCCAAGAUACCACCAAAUUAAACAUUUCUGUAACAGAAACAUAACAUAACCGCCCAUGCGUAAUCGGCUUGUGAAUAUAUUGAAUCGCUACAUUGAAAAAUAAAUUAUUAUACUUGUGUUUGGUAAAAUCUACAUGUACUGCAAAACAAGCAUAUACACUUUGUGCUCAAUUAAACAGGCCCAGAUUUCACAUUGUCAUUUGUGAGUUGACUGUGACUUUACUAUUAAUACCUUGUGACAUUUCUGUUUGGUGAUGUGGUGUUAGAGUUUUGUAGUGUAAAAUGUGACUCAA